GUUGGCCUUGAAGACAUUAUCUCCCUCUAGCGGUAGAUCAGGCAAAAUGUUGUGCUCCUUAAGUCCAAUUUCAAUCAAUAUAUACAGUAGAGUCUACUGUAGUAGUACUGAGUAGUCUAUUUACCACAUCUGCAGUUUUAAAACCACUUUUAUUUAAUAAAAAUAGUGCUAUUUAUUGAAAAUAAUUGUGUAAUACACUGCACAGGAUUAUAAUCUUAAAAAAAAGUGUUGGUGAUCAUUAGGGUUGGUACAAGCUACAGCUCAACAAUUAAUAAUAAUCAAAAAAAUAAAGUACAAGACAAGAUAAUGCAUGCACAUACUGUCCAUUAAUACUGAGUCAGAAAUGCAAUUUAGUAGAAGUGAAUGCGCAAAUGUUGUAAUAGUAUAGACUUAAACCAGCAGCAGUAGCCUUGCUCAGGAGCCCCACAGUAGCCUUGUUCACAAGCCCUUUCAGUCAACAACCCCAAGCCUUAACUAUGUAAUGAAUGUACAUUAAUCAGAAUUAGGAGGUUGAAUUAAAUGCAGAGUGGUAAAGUUUUACCUGUGCAAAAAUGACAGUUGUUUUAAAUAAAUUAAUCAUCAAGAAUUUGUACCACCGUCAACACCUACUCUGGAAAGGAUGAAACACUGAGCUUCUUUCUUUUAUGGUCAACAAGGUUGUAGACACCUCUGGAGGAUUAUGACUGUUCCAUUAAGACAAUUUUAAGAUGCUUUAUAUACAUUUUAAUAUGGUUUAAAUCCAGAGUGUAGCAUAUUUUUUCUAAUUGUUUUCCUAUGACUAUUUCUUGGAUUUGAAAUAGAUUGGAUUGAGAUAGAUCUUGGAUUUGGAUUAUUUGAUUUGGAUGCUUAUUUGGGUUUAUUUAUUGGAAGAGACAGUGACACCCAAGUCUUUUUUGUAAGGUAACCAGAUAUAGGUUAGGUUUAGGAUAUAUACUUUUAGUUCUUAUCAGAAUUCAGGAUGUCAUCACUCUUUGCCAUAGUAAAACACAUUACCAAAGCACCAGUUUCAUAGUGGAUUUUGUGACAGAUAUACCAAAAUCAGAAAUUAGCCACUGGUAAUGGUAAAUCAGGUUGUUGUCUGAUAACUCUCCCAUUGCCUUCCACAUUACCAAAGCCCUCUUUUAACACCUCUUCAAUAGAUUUAUUCUACCUGAGGACAUUGUCUCCAGGGAACCCCAUAACAAUCCAUGUCUAAUCAUCAACCAGAGUCUUAUAGGCAAGUGUAGAGUUUGAAACAGGAACUCAAGGUACAUCCAUAGUUAUUGCACAGACUUACCUGUGGCUAUGUAUAACUUCAAUUUAUUUACUCAUAGUUGGCCUCACAGAUUUCCAGUGACAUGGACCAAUAACCACCAUUUGUUCCCUGCAACCAACAUACUGUAAGGACUGUUACCAGCAGUCAAUGAAUGGCUAAGACUAGCUCUGAGUGCAUACAUAUGCAUACAUUCAAUUAGAGAGGGCUUUCAGAUGGCAAAAGACACAAGCUGAGCGUCAUCACAGGGAAGCUACAUUGAACCGUGAGGUCAUCCCUUUCCAAGGUGUGAUAAAUACACUUCAGUUACUGGCCUUUUAAUAUUACUAAUUUAUCAACAUUAUUAUGCAGAAUUUCUCACUGAGUUUUGCUGAAACAUACAACUGUAUCUCACCAGCAUAGCAAUGGAAGCUAAUAUUAUGCACUAAAAGUGACCAUUGUGGAGAUUUUGUUAACCAUUACCUUUGUAUGCAUUGACAGGGCACCAUUAAUAUCAGUCUAAUGAGAUCUGAACUUCAAAAACAUAACCAGUCCUGUUCCUGCAAUGUGAUAAACCUAAACCUCUCUAAACCUUGACUAAAAUAAUUCCCAUGGGGUAUUAUUAGGAAAAAGAUUAACUGCUGAGCAGUAACCUUAGAAGUUUUAGGUUAGGUUUUAAUUGAUGUGAAAACUGCUACUUUAAAUAAUUUGCUACAGCCAAGUUAUAGUUUAUUCUAAUCAGUAGAAGCAUAUCAGGCACGUACAUGAUCAAAUUAUGGUUCCCUAUAUAUUAUGCAGUAAUAAUGUCAAAUCUAUGUAUUAAAUGAAGUUUAAUGCAGGAACUUGUGCUCCGUUAUCUGGUCCACUCACUCACACACACACACACACACACACACACACACACACACACACACACACACACACACACACACACACACACACACACACACACACACACACACACACUUAAACACACACAGAGCUUGAGAGAGAUAGUCUAAUAAGAAGCAGGCAAAACAUUAUUUGGGUGUGGUUAGAUCUAAUUUGAUUGCUUGGCCCAACUAAUGAAUUCAUAAAUCUUUUACGAAUCAAAGUAGCCAAAUAUGAGCCUAAAUAAAUCCUUUAAACUACAAUUUAUUUAUUUUUUAAAUGUCUUGCUUACCAUUAGGCUCGUUUCAUUCAAAUAAUAUCACAUUUGUUCUGCUUCAUUUGUUCAUUUUGAAUUAAUGUAGCUCUCUAGUACAAACAGAGGAAAAAGACAUGAAAUAUGUGAAUAUCUAAAUAUAUACCGUAUGUUUUUACACACAUAAAAAUGCUGCAAAUGGUAGAAAACAAACCUCUGGCACACUGUCAAAGCACGCACAAUCUUUGGAAGAGUUCCACUGGCGUAAGUCAGUGCUAUCUUGGGUGGGACUGCACUAAUACGAACGUAUAAAAAGAGAGCUAAUGGACAAACUAGUUAAGCUUGACAGGACACAUCAACCAACCCAUCAUGAGUCUCUCUGAGAAGGACAAGGUGAUCAUGAAGGCAUUGUGGGCAAAGAUCUCCCCAACUGCUGAUCAGCUCGGGUGUGAGGCACUCUCUAGAAUGUUCCUGGUCUUUCCUCAGACCAAGACUUACUUUUCUCACUGGCCAGACCUGAGCCCGAACUCUAAUUCAGUGAAGGCGCAUGGGAAGAAGGUCAUGGAGGGUAUUGGAGAGGCUGUCAAUAAUAUCGAUGAUCUUUUUGGUGCGAUGAGCAACCUCAGUGAGCUUCAUGCCUUUAAGCUUAGAGUAGAUCCUGUUAACUUCAAGAUCCUGUCCCACAAUGUCCUUGUGGUGAUUGCCAAAACUUUUCCGAAAGAUUUCACUGCUGAGGCGCACCUGUCUCUGGAGAAGUUCUUCGCCAGGGUUGCACUCGCCUUAUCUGAUAAAUACCGUUAGAAUAUGAGCAGAUAGACAUCAUUUCACCAAUCUGCAUACACAAUGCUGUGGAAUGAUGCCUCAUUACGAUGAAUAAUAAAGCUAUUCUCAGGAAA